AUGAGACGCUGCCAGGCUUUAUCCAUUCAUACAUUGAGAAACAUCGUCGGGAUUGCAGCCUUCGUUCUUAUUGUAUGCAACGUAUUCCAAGCUGAAUUCAAAUCCUUUCUGGGUCGUAUUGGUUUCUCUGGAGCUGUGCUUGCACCUCUCAAUGAUACCCUUGGGUUCGAAAAGAUCGCAGUUGUGUCUACCGGGACUGCCUGGCGAUUAGGCGGGCUUCUGGAAGCAGCAGACUACACACAUCUUCAGCUUGACAUCCUGUCCCAGCCAGACUGGACUGAUAGUGACGUGGAUACGUUUCGAGGCGUGGGCGUGCCGGGAAGAAAUAUACAAAUGGGCCCCGGCCAGGCCCGUUGCUGGUUAGGCCAUCUCAAUGUCUGGCAAGAGAUCAUAUCCCAGCAAUGGGCUACAGUACUGAUCAUGGAAGAUGAUGCGGACUGGGAUAUCGCCGUGAAGAAUCAGUUGCUGCGUCUCUCACCCGUGAUUCGCCAGGUCACCAGUGCGACGGACCGGGGCGAACGGUCGCCCUAUGGUGAGGCCUGGGAUCUUCUGUGGCUCGGCCACUGUGGUGACUAUAUUCCUGACGAUCCAGCAUCAUUUGUGGACGAGACACUCCCAGCGUCAUCCGUCUACCGGGAAAAUGAUGGUCGGUUGACGAACUUUCCUCCGCAUCUCCGCAUGGUUCAUAAAUCUGUUGCUCCCAUCUGUACAUACGCCUACGCCCUCACAACAGCGGCGGCAACCAAGCUUUACGAGUUGUCGCAUCAUGGAAUGGAUAAGAUCAUCACUGACCAUUUUCGUGUCUGGUGUAAGAACGGAACCUUGAGAUGUUUGACAAUAAACCCGGAAGUCUUCCAUCACCACAAGCAAGCAGGGGAGAUCUCAAGUGAGAUUGCAGUUGUGGAGGGGUGGGACGACCUCGCCGCGAGGAGCAAGGUGGACUUUACAGCCAAUAUUCGAUAUAGUGCAAGGUGCAGUAGUAGAAGUAAACACCCUGUUGCCUGCCAAGAUGAAUAUGCCAGAACUCGGUAA